AAAAGUUAGAUGUUUGAUGGGAAAAAAAAAUAGUAUGGCCACUACUUAAAUAAAAAGGAAAAUAAGCUGGCACCUUUUUCAUGUGGUUGAGGAACGUCUUAUCAAAACAUUAUAAAAGGGAAAAAACUCUUAGCUCCAGAGACUACAAGUGCCAGAAAUCAUGAGUGCCACAGGAGCUAAGAAUCGCACAAGCAAUGUAAAUGGCGCAGAACACUUUGAUAUCGAAGUCCCUGACACUGCUCAUCAGAUUAGCAGCGAUUCAUGGUUUCAAGUGGCGUUCGUUCUUACAACCGGUAUAAACAACGCGUAUGUGUUGGGAUAUUCAGGAACAGUAAUGGUUCCAUUAGGUUGGGUUGGUGGUGUAAUUGGUCUUAUUCUUGCUUCUGCAAUCUCUCUCUAUGCAAAUAUUCUUGUAGCCAAGCUUCAUGAGUUUGGUGGCAAAAGACACAUUCGCUAUAGAGAUCUUGCUGGAUUCAUUUACGGUAGAAAGGCUUAUUGUGUUACAUGGGGAUUGCAAUAUGUCAAUCUUUUUAUGAUUAAUUGUGGAUUUAUCAUCCUAGCUGGUUCUGCUUUAAAGGCUGUUUAUGUGCUUUUUAGGGAUGAUCAUACCAUGAAACUACCUUACUUUAUAGCUAUCGCCGGUUUUGUAUGUGCGGUUUUUGCCAUUGGUGUUCCUCACUUAUCGGCUCUAGGGAUCUGGCUUGGAGUUUCGACAAUACUCAGUCUCAUCUACAUCAUUGUGGCAAUGGUCCUAUCAGUUAAAGAUGGAGUGAAAACACCACAUUCAAGAGAUUACGAGAUACAAGGAUCAUCGAUAAGUAAACUAUUUACCAUCACAGCUGCUGCCGCAAAUCUUUUUUUUGUUUUCAACACAGGGAUGCUUCCAGAAAUUCAGGCGACAGUGAAGCAACCGGUUGUGAAAAAUAUGGUGAAGGCUCUAUACUUUCAGUUCACGUUAGGUCUUUUACCAAUGUACGCGGUUAUGUUCAUUGGAUAUUGGGCUUACGGAUCUUCAACCUCCACCUAUCUGCUAAACAACGUUAAUGGCCCAGUCUGGGUCAAAGCCCUUGCUAACAUCUCAGCUUUCCUUCAGACCGUUAUCUGUUUGCACAUUUUUGCGAGUCCAUCAUAUGAGUAUAUGGACACAAAGUUUGGGAUCAAAGGAGGCACAUUUGUGUUAAAGAACUUGUUGUUUAGGAUCAUGGCUCGAGGCGGGUACCUAGCGGUUAGCACACUUCUCUCGGCGCUCUUGCCCUUCUUAGGGGACUUCAUGAGCCUCACUGGUGCACUGAGCACAAUCCCUCUUACAUUCAUUCUAGCCAACCACAUGUACUAUAAGGCUAAGAACGAUAAGCUCAAUACUAUGCAGAAGCUGUGGCACUGGCUUAACGUUGUCUUCUUCAGUUUGAUGUCCGUUGCUGCCACUAUUGCAGCUCUUAGACUCAUCGUUGUUGACUCCAAGAAUUUUCACGUUUUUGCAGAUUUGUAAUUUAUUCUUUAUAUUCUUCUCCUGCUAUAUCUUGUAUUCCUUUAAAAUCCUAUUAUAGGGUAAAUAAAAGGGUAAAACCCUAAAUAGCUCAAAAA